AGAGAGCAGAGAUCAGUUUGCCUUAACUCUGUUUCCGCUGCGCUUUGUAAACGUUGAGCAGCAGCUGUCUGCAGCAGCAAUGGCAGAACCCAGCGGGAUUCUGAUUAAAGGGGGGAAAGUCGUAAACGAGGAUUGUUCUGUGUUCAGCGACGUUUAUAUCGAAAAUGGGAAAAUAGUGGAAGUUGGACCGAACCUUCAGAUCCCGGCGGGAGUGCGGGUCAUUAACGCCACAGACAAACUGGUGAUUCCGGGCGGGAUAGACACACACACGCACAUGGAGCUGGCGUUCAUGGGCACCAGGGCUGUGGAUGAUUUCCACAUCGGAACCAAGGCAGCUCUGGCCGGAGGGACCACAAUGAUCUUGGACUUUGUUAUCCCCCAAAAGGGGAAGUCUCUCCUGGAGGCCUAUGAUGCCUGGCGUAGUACAGCCGAUGCCAAAGUUUGCUGUGACUACUCACUGCACGUCGCUGUCACAUGGUGGAGUGAUGAGGUCAAGAAAGAGAUGGAAACUCUGGCCAAAGAAAAGGGAGUAAAUUCCUUCAAGAUGUUCAUGGCCUAUAAGGAUGUGUUCAUGCUUCACGAUUCGGAGUUAUAUGCUGCCUUCGCUCAGUGUAAAGCGAUCGGAGCCAUAGCUCAGGUGCAUGCUGAGAAUGGAGAUUUGAUCGCAGAGGGGGCCAAGAAGAUGCUGUCCAUGGGCAUCACAGGGCCUGAAGGGCACGAACUGUGUCGGCCAGAGGAGGUGGAGGCUGAGGCCACCCAACGAGCCAUCACCAUUGCCCACGCUGUCAAUUGCCCACUCUAUGUGGUCCAUGUCAUGAGUAAAUCUGCCGCCAAGGUGGUGUCUAACGCACGCAGGGACGGCCGUGUGGUGUUUGGGGAGCCAAUUGCAGCUGGGUUAGGCACUGACGGCACCCACUACUGGCACAAAGAGUGGGCCCAUGCUGCUGGUUUUGUCAUGGGACCUCCUCUUAGACCUGAUCCCAGCACUCCGGGGCUUCUCAUGGACCUCUUGGCCAAUGAUGAUUUGAGUGUGACGGGAACGGAUAACUGCACCUUUUCUGUGUGCCAGAAGGCCCUUGGCAGAAAUGACUUUACUAAGAUCCCCAAUGGAGUGAAUGGUGUGGAGGACAGGAUGUCUGUCAUCUGGGAGAGAGGAGUGCACAGCGGCAAAAUGGACGAGAAUCGAUUUGUUGCCAUCACCAGCAGCAACGCAGCAAAAAUCUUCAACUUCUACCCACAGAAAGGCCGAAUUGCCAAAAACUCUGAUGCCGAUGUGGUGAUAUGGGACCCCAAGAUGACAAGGAGGAUAUCAGCCAAGACGCACCACCAGGCUGUGGACUACAACAUCUUUGAGGGCAUGGAGUGCCAUGGUGUCCCCAUCAUCACCAUCUCCAGGGGCAAAGUGGUUUAUGAGGACGGCCAGCUGCAGGUUUCACCAGGAGAGGGCAGGUUCAUCCACAGAGUGCCUUUCUCCGAGUUUGUUUAUAAAAGAAUCAAGCAAAGGGACCAGGUGGGGAGACCUACAGCUGUGAUCAGAAAGCCGUAUGAAGGCAAGGUCGUCUCUGUUUGAACUGACAGAGAACAUAAAAGUCUCUGAAUGUCCAGCUGUGUCGACAGUAUGACCCAGUGGAUACCAGAGCAGCAAACAGAGGAAGUUUCUCAAUCAUAUAAGACAAUCUGAAAAUUCAAAAAUAUUUUAAUAAUCCCAAAGGGAAAUUCAAUUAAAUUAAAAGACGCAGAUGUUUAAUUAAGCUAUUGCAGUAUUGGCUGAGGACUGGCCUUUAGGUCAAGACUUCUCAACACCUAGUUGAGCUUUCUGCUGGCAGAUAACACCAUGGUACAUUUCUUCAGCUGUGUCAAGUUUUCAGGUCAGAUCAGCUCUAUUCACAGGUCAGUAGAACCCACUCAGCGGCUAAAAAUUGUUUUAGCUCUUAUGUUUAUGUUAUGCAGUCAUGUAAAAUGUUUUAAAGUAGGUAUUUAGCAUGAUUUCAUGUUUACAAAUGCAUGGAAAAUAAAUAAGCGAGUAUCAUUCAUACUCUGCAUGCUGUGAUAAUUGUGCAAUAAAAAUGCAUCUAGAUAUGA